UCUCUGCGUCUAGAGGUCGUAUCAAUGAUUAGCCGGCCAGACUGGACGUCUCCCUUGCCCCGAGGAUGCCGCGCGCGCGCAGUCGACUAAUACGGCUCCUCUGAAGACGUGACUCCGAUAACGGAACGGCAAAGGAACAACUCCGGUCGCGUUAAGGCGGUAACGACAACUGUGUUCUCAGCGCCUGCGCGUAAGUUGUGCCCGUACGCUUUAGUUUGCGGAGGUACGAAUUCCUCGUCGAAGAGACGAGUUGCAGCUGCUCGCGUUUGCUCCUCUCGCAAGGGACACCUGCAGCCAACUGCGUCGGCAACAGCGACGGAGAGAUGAUGAUCGCCCGCGCGCGCUGAGUUGGGGAAUCGACGGAACGUAGCUGCUGUUACGCCAAACAGGUGUCCACGUCGAAGAACUACUGCUAUAACGUACGUAAAAAAAGUGACGCGCCACCUGUGCGAUCUCAUCACUCGAUACAUCGCACCAGUUUCGUCUAGUCGUACCGGAGUCAUCAACGUGUAUGUGCGUUCGUGAAUACGCCUGCCCUGCAUACCACUGCAUUCUCUGUGCCAUAGGAGGUGGAUUGUUUCUCCCUUCUAUACAUUGUCGGAGACCUAUUCAUUAACCUGAACCGCGGGUCAGAUGUGGUAUGCAUUGUGUUAUCUAUAACGCGCCAUUGUGACUAUAUGAGUCGUGUUCUACUAUUCGCAUUCGCUUGGUCCUUCGGCACACUUUACGUGCUGUAAGCCGGUCAUAUACCUGGACGAUAGCGGUAAUUUGAGCUGCUCGCGUGACCGACAUCUACGAAGCAUCUCGACGGAAAGUUCAUCUAUCUUUACCACCGGCACGGAUAAGGCUACGGACAUUACGCCGUUUCUGUUCUUAUCCGGCCACAACUGCGAGUCUUCAAACCCUUUGAGCACCGCAGCCUUUUUUAUCAGCAAGCUGUUUGAGCUACGAAAGGGCGCCAUCCUAUAUGAAACCUGCGCGUUAUCAAUCGCUGCGUGUCUCUAUCUACGGUGGAUCCAAAGACUGGAAGGAAGCACACGCAUCCACUCCGGCAUAUGCAUCAACAAUAUGUUUCAGCACUGAGCGUUGCUGCUGACUUGUGAAAGGGUCACUGGACUGGGUUAUUUGCCGCAAGUUUUUAUGAGUGUAACAUAUUACACCGGUUUCAGUGCGACGACAGUGUGCAGUGUGUGGGAGUGAUUGACCCGUGAACGCAAUAUCCGGAGGCACAGGUGCGCGACGGUACUCCAACUUUUCGCUUAGUAAUAGCGCAAGGAAGAACGAGGACUCACGGCAAAAUAUUCAUCCGACGACACACAGCGCCAACACCUAACAAAAAGCUUGUUCCCGGGCUGACUUUCGGUGGAACCCGGGUGCUACCAUGUCCUACACCGUUAUCCUGUUUACGCGAAUGCGAUUUGAUCGGACUAGUGCGUAAGGAUUCAUCAUUGAAGUUAUAGCGCAACACUUUACGGAGGACCGUGGAACACACUCUGUGGACUGUGGAUACACAACGGGCCCACAUAGUCGACGUGUUGAUAACUACGCCCCCCAAAAGACAACUGGGAGGUCUCUCUCCGAGGAGAGCAGCUUCAGGAUCGUCAUGCAGCAUGCCGUCGCCAGAGUACGAACGUUGUUCAAGAGCCGACCCCUGUUCGCGAAUGUCGUCUCCUUCGGCUCCAUGUACAUCGGCGCCGAGGUCGUCCAGCAGACCAUCCUCCAGAAACUGGACCCGUCCGUGCGCGGCUACGACUGGCCGCUGGUGGGCCGGUACGCCGUGGUCGGCACGGGCAUCUACGCGCCGGCGCUCUUCUACUGGUACCGCUACCUGGACCGCGUCAUGCCGGGCAAGCUGGUCGCCAUCGCCGUGAGGAAAGCCCUCAUCGACCAGCUCUUGGCCUCCUCCACGCUUCUGGUAGCCUUCUACACGGCCAUGAGCGCCAUGGAGGGCAAAGAGGACAUCUUCGCAGAACUCAAGGCCAAGUUUGUGCCAACCUACAAGCUCAGUUGUUGCUUCUGGAUUCCGGCGCAGUGCAUCAACUUCUUCCUGGUGCCGCCUCACCUUCGGGUGGUCACGGUCGGCAUCUGCUCUUUCGCCUGGGUCAACAUCCUCUGUAUCAUGAAGCGCAUGACCGUUAAGGCAAGCGAGGAGGACACCUAGAGCGACCACCGUCAAAGGGCUAAGGACCUCACUGCCACCGUCGUCAAGGUGACCCUAGUUUCCGGCUGUGACGUCACCACAUGUCACGGAAGGAGAACCUCGCAUCAAGAACGGCGUCACUUCUGGAAGGAGCAAACCACCGACAGUCUGCCAUACAGUGCCUCGAUCUAGUCGUCCGGAUUGAAUCAAAGGAAAGGCGUCUACGUGCGGCGUAGAACGUCUUUUUUUUCCCGACGGAACUAUUUCGUCUACGGGGACCAUAUGUCGCCAUAACGAAGAAAAGUGCCUGCUGAUCUUUUUGACGUGCUUCGAGUGAUGUGCAUACGUUCUUAUUGUAUAGACCUUUUCGCAGACGGCUGCCUGGGCGCCGCCAUAUUCCUCACUGGGCUGCGCUAAAUAGGCGUGACCCCCCCAAAGAUGCUCUGCCGAGGCUGUGACGUCAACUUUUGUACUCCCCGUGCACAGUCCAGCAUGGCGACGUUUUUUCUCCCUCCUUUGAAAAGGUCUACAGUCUACUUAUUUGCGCGAUACAUUUCUUUCAAGGUGAAAGGAAAUCUUUCAGGGGUGAAGUGCAGACGUGAUUGGGCUACUGAACAUAGUUCAACUAUUAGGCUCGGUUACCACCUAGGCAAAUACGACAGCUACGCCUACAGAAUCGCAGCGAGGCUGCCCUUCAUCCGUGAAACUCAGUCGCGCUGGCUAGGUUUCCACUCAAACCUGAACUACGUUUUCUUCGCUAUGGUAAACACUGCACGUAUUAAAUGUUAAAGGUUCGUCUUGACUACUUCGAAUGUUACGUUUGAUUAAGCAUCGAUGUUGUAAUAUCUGACGAAUUUAACCAAGACGCUCAAGUUACUGACCUAAAAAAAGCAACAAAAAAUGUGCGACUGCGCGGUAAAGCUAUGAAUUUGAGACAGUGGGUGAGUCCUUGAUGUCACGAGAAUGAGUAAGCGCUAUUGGACGGAGCACUUGCGCGAAUUCUUUGUGGGAGGGACAACGACGGCAGUAGGCGGAGCAGACAUUUUCUUUUUCUUAGGUUGUAACCGUCUAUGGAUUGUAUCAACAGCGCAUACUAGAAGAUGAAACAGAACAGUACAAGCAGAGGCAAAGAGCACUGCUUGGCUCAGUUUGUGACGCUUCGUUUCCUGCUAUUGCAUCCGUUGUUAAUACUUUCUAAUGAAUCGACACAAACUUGCCCAAGCUUCGGCUCUUACUACUUCAAGUGCUUUACACAUCUCACUCACUAUAUCAGGUAUAAAAAAAUUGCAUGUAAAGUACAACCUCAUAAAUACAACGAUCGUAAGUGACGCUGAUGGUCGUUGGGGGACGUUUAAAACGAACUUUUAAUGUAUGUCUUGGGCUGCAUAUACUUAGGCCACUAGUCCUACAGCGCUCACUCUUACUUACAGAAGAUAACGUUCGAUGGUAUACAUAAUAAACGUAAGUGCCUGUUAAGAUAUCGCGUUGUCUAACUCACUUCAACGAUGCAUGUAGUGCCUCUGUGCAAUGAGGCAGUCUUUGUCUAUGAAAGACGUUCAAAUAUUCUAGACUGAAUGACAUUUUUAAUGAUAUAUAUAUACUAGUAGUCGCGAAAGUUCGUCCAGAGCUGUUCCGCUUGUUAAAACAAGUGAGACGUCACUGUGUUCCUUCCACCACACGGACCAUUGCUGAAACUUUCAAGCGGCAUGUUUAGUUUUUUUUCCCCAGAAUUCGAACGUCUGUAGGUUAAGGUAGACGGUGAUGAAUAGUGCAUUUUCUUACGCGUUCCUGAAAUGUUCGCCCAUCACACAUGCGAUGCGUUCUUUCAGAAGCAACGACUGCACACGGAAUGCGCCCGUAAUCAUCUUUUUAAGGUCCUAUCGGUCGCCACAUUUUAAAGAAAUUAUUCAGUGCCAGUAAAUCGAGCUAACAAUUUGCAUAGCAGUCCACUCAUGAUGUACAGUCCACUACAAAAGCUUAAAAAACGUCACCGCAUGUAGCCACGCACGUCGCGUCGUGUUGAAGGCAUAGUUAAUGUCGUUCUGAAAUCCCUAACCUAAGGGUUAAUCGUCGAGUUCAUGUCAAGUGCCUGAAGUAGCAACGGGCACGUGUUGUAAUAGAUCUUUUUUGAAGCUCAAUAUGGGACCUGCCACAACUACGUUAGCAGUUCACUGAGGACCCCCGUGGCAAGUAAAUAUACAGCUGGUAUAUAGGAACGAUCGCCGUAAUAAAAAAAAACAAGCCAGUAUUUGAGUGUGAGACAAAGCAAGCGCGGACAGCUGAUAUUGUAUAGUUUGGAAACAGGAGACAGAGUUUUGGCAAGUCAUCCUAAAUGGCGGAACGUUUUGGUGGAACAUAGCAGUAACAGAGCGGGCCGCCAGAAGUCGUGUUGGCGAGAGUGGCCCGAAAUUAGAUGGUGCGACUAGAUGUAAGGAUUCGAUGGUGCACCCACACAGACGACGUCAAACAGCAUCACGAUCGUCAAUAAAGAUGAUGAUGGCGAUGUGCAUUUGAGAACCCUCGUUACGCCAGCUAGUCGUAUGUGUGUGCUUUGUUGCGCAAUGCGUCCCAGUACGCUUCAAGUGCCUUUCAGUUGCCUCUGUAGUUGCUCAAGCUCGUGCCUUUCUACGUGUAUUGUUCUGCGCUAUAAUUGCCUUUGUCUUGCAUCUUUACUUCGCUGCCAAGAUGUGCCUUUUGCCUGUGUUGCAUGACUAUGUGCAAGAGUUGCUCUCACGUGUACUGUACUCUAGCGCAGCACAUGCGACAACAAAAUUGUCACUCAAUGUGGUCAGCCUGAAGUUAACUGCGUUCAAGUGAAGGUUUCCUGUCGCAAGCUACAUUUCUUUUACGUAGCUUUCGGCGGAACGAGCUCGCACAGCUUUUGACAAAUUAAGGGUCAAAGUACACAAACUGCGAAUCUCGGGCACGCUUAGAGUUUAGAGUUACCACUUAUGGGAUCUAUUUAGCCGAACGAACAAUAAGCGAAAUUGUGUGAUAUUGAUGUAGCGGCACGCAAAAAAAAACAAAAAAAAAACAUGUUCACGCAAACGGCAAAGAGACACGCGCUCAACAACUAGCCCAUAAUUAUACAUAAAGGUUAUGUAGUUAUGAAAUCAUGUCUUCAAGAACUGAUAUUUGCAUUGAAGCGAAAGAUACACCAUGAGCGAUAUGGCUAGUUUUUUCAGCUUUGGUCUUCAUGAGCGUUGAGAAUCGUGAGUUGACAUGUGAGCCAAAAUUUGAAUUCUUUGAAUGGGAAAAAUAAAAAUUUGAAGCACACAAGACGAGGCUUUGGAACAGUGUACCCUCUCGGCCCUAAGAAGUACGAUCUCGGCCCUCGGCCCUCACAAUCCUGGAACAGAAAUACCUGUACACUCUAAGUAUUUAUUGUUUGCAAUUGAAAACAGAGUGCUUGUUACAUUUGCUAUUUUUUUAUUCGGCUACUUCUUUCGUGGUCAUUGCCAUUACUGUUUUUAGUUCUGCCGUAUUUGUGGAAAAAAAAUGUUUAGACUGCCUUAUAAUGUGCGUGCCGUUUGCACUGUUGAAUGAUUUUGUUACAAAUAAUGCUGUACAAAAAAGAAUAAGCUCAAUGUUCCUGUCUGUUCACUUCUCGCAACAGUUUUUCUAAUAAACCUAUCGCAGCAUGUUGCCAUAA